GCGCAACCUGGCGCAAUCAUCAAUAUGUUGAAGGAUGUCGCAAGCUAUUGGUGAGCGGCCGAAUGCCCGGAGGCGCCUCUCCAGGUACCGGUCGCCGCUCGGCGCUACGGUGGGGCUCGUGCAGUGUGUGCGUCGCGCGGUGCUGAAAGUGGACGGGGCGGUGAGUGACGCUGUGAACGGCUGUGAUACAUAGGAACGAGACUGGAAGUUACCACCGUAUUGAUGCUAACCUGUUGGUAGCUGAAGACAGCACUCCGAGGACACCAUGCGAUCGCGCGGGGUGUUGUGUUUUAUCGCUGCGAUAGCCACAGCUGCACUUGCCCAGGAGGAGCAAGUCAAACUGGAAAUCCUGCCAUCGCAGGCCAAGAUUCGUCGCGACCUCGGCAAGCAGGGAUUCUUCACAUGUCGGGCCGCAGCCGGCUUCGAGGAUCUCAUCGAUGACAUCAUCUGGCUCAACCCGGAGAACAUUGAAGUGCCGGCCGAGUCGCGGGAAAGUACCGACCAGCCGACGCCCAGAAUAUACACGGGCCAGUUUGUGCCAAGCAACGGCCGCGAGCUGUUCAUAUCGCCGAUACAGGAGCAGGACUCGGGCAUUUACACGUGCAAGGCGCGCUACGCCACCAACCAGGAGGUCACUAAGGCCUUCGAGCUCGUCGUCUACAUGAGCAUUCGAUUUGAGGACGCGCCCGAGCAGCAGAACCCGCAGCAGGGCACCACGGCCAAGAUCAAGUGCGUGGUGCGUGCCAACCCGGUGGCCGUUGUGGAGUGGAUCAAAGACGACAAGACCAUCUCGUCGGGUGGACGGUUCGUGGUUGAGCAGGACGGCCUGGUGAUCCAGGACAUAUCUUCUGAGGACGACGGCACUUACAUCUGCCGUGCUAAGGUGCCCGACGAGGGCGAACUGGCUGAAAGGCGCAUUCAGGUCGAGGUACACUCUCUACCCCAGAUUCUGGAGCCGGCCGAGGGCGCUACAUUUGAGGUCACCGAGAAGGAACAGGGUAGCAUCCCGUGCCGAACAGCCGGCAAACCCCUGCCCACACUUACCUGGGUUAACCCCGAGAACGCCGAGGCCGAUAAUGUUGACGGUCUGAGCGUGGACCCUAAGGAUGGCACGCUCAACUUCGACCCUGCCAGGAGGGAUAUGGGCGGAGAGUACCGCUGUAUGGCGGAGAAUGCGCUGGGAAAGGUGGAGACUACUGUCAAUGUGGUUAUUAUCGUCAAACCGGAAAUUAUCAGAUACGAGAACAUCACAGUGAACGAGGGAGAGACAGCUCGGCUCGAGUGUAAGGUGGCCGGUUCGCCGCUGCCCGAGGUCAAAUUCAGGAAGCUGGGCCGUGAUGAUCGAUUCGAGGAGGGCACUGCGCCAGAUGAUGAUCGUAUACAGCUGAGCCAACGGGUGGAGGACGGCUAUAGGAUCGGCACUCUCACCAUCACUGACCUGAAACGUGCCGAUGACGGCUUGUACGAGUGCAUCGCCAUCAACAAGGGUGGCGAACUGCUGAAGAACGGCCACAUAACAACCCAGUUCAAACCAGACUUUGACAAGUCGCCCAUGCACGAGAUAUUCUCGUGGCACAACAACCCUGUGAACCUGACAUGCGUGGCCGAGUCGAUCCCGAACGCCACAAUUACUUGGGAGUUCAAGCGGCGUCGCCUGGGACCUGACGGCGAUCUGGAUAAGAACAUUCAGCAGAUCGGCAACGGACCGACGUCUGUGCUACAGGUGAUCCCGGUGGACACCACCUACUUCGGCACGUUCACGUGCAAGGCGUCCAACCUGCUCGGCGACAACAUGCUGGACAUCGAGCUGUUCGAGGCCACCGUGCCCAGUCCUUUGACCGACGUACGAUUCCAUGAAGUCACCGCCACCACCGUGACAUUCGACAUGAAUGGGCCGGCGAACGACGGAGGCCUACCGCUUAUCUCGUAUGCGGUGCAGUAUAAGCAGCAGGGCGACUCGUGGGAUGCUAAGGAGGAGCUACAAUGGCCGGUGGGCACUACUUAUGUGGUGUCGGGACUCAGACCGGAGCGAGCAUAUGUGUUCAGGUUCGCCACAAAGAAUGAUGUCGGCUUGAGCGAGUGGUCGGCAGAGCAGCCGAUGGUGAUGCCAAAGAUUGACGUACCCGAGGCGCCGCGUAUCCUGUUGCCGGACUCCACUCUCACCCCUGCCGAGGGCGACGGUCUGUCUCCGCGAGAGGUGCCCGUGGUCAACUCGAGCUCGCCGCACUCGUUCUCCGUCCAGUGGCAGGCGGGCGCCAACAACGGAGAGAAAAUCAACAACUUCGAGGUCACCUACUAUGAGGUGAUGAGCACAAAGACUGGCCAGUGGCGAUCCGUCUCCUCCGAGCACAAGGCCUACGUCGACUUCCCGGGUAACAACGCCUACACGAUGGAGAAGCUCAGCGCCGGAACGCACUACCGUGUCGAGCUGCGAGCGCACAACAAGAUAGGACUGGGCGCGCCGGCCAGCAUCAUCGUGCGAACGGCGCCCGGGCAAGAUGCGCAGGCGAGCGGCAGCGAGGGAGCCCCACCUAACGCCGGAGCGACCGCCGCGCCCACCCUCGACUCGGACCCCGAGCUGAGCAAACCGGAGAAUAUCGUGGAGGCGGGCGGCGGCUCCGAGGACGACCCGCCGGCCCUGGCCUCGGCUGCUGUGGUCGGGGUGGUGGUCGGCGUGCUGCUGGUGCUGCUGCUGCUGGUCGACCUGACCUGCUGGGCCGUCAGCAGCCGGGGCAUGCUGCACUCCCUCUGCGGAAAAGCAAAGGGAGCACAGCGCUCCCAGACACUGGAACAUGCGGAUGCUGCCAGUGAGAAGCAGCCACUUCAGGACCAGAGCGCAGGGAAUGGGACCAAUGCUACCUCAGAAACAACCAGCGAGCCUCCUCCUGACGUGGCCGUGACUGGCUCGGAGGCCGCAGACCCGAAGGACUCGGCGGUCUAGGCCGGCGUGAGUGUGUCAAAAGAAUUCACCACCGAUGCGCGUCCCACCACAGCCCAUUGAGAAAGGCGGGAGAGAAGCGCUGGCAAACAGUUUCAGCGUGGUCGAAUGGCGGACUGCUGUGCGCUGAUAGUGUUGGCUUUACGCGAGAGCCCUCUGAACGCAACGCGUGACAUCAAAAUACUGCUUGUUGUAGCGGCUUGUGGAACUGGAGAUAGAUGUGCUUCGCAAGACAAAGACAUCGCCACGUCCAUGACGCAAAGUGGUCCGAAGCAGAUCUCGUCGUGACAUAUUUUACGCUUUGUUUAGGAAGAAGCCAUUUCAUUUCAAUGAUUUCAUCUUUGUCCGCUGUCUGAUUUGGGUGUUCUGUGCUUAGCCCAGAUUUUCGCUGAUAUCUGUGCUGUGUGGCUGGCGUGAGAUUUGCUCGUUCGCGCACGUCGCUGCUGAACUUUGGCUUUGCGAUCGAGAUGUUGAGAUGCACGGAAACACUUGCAAUCCAUUUUGUCGCGCCAAGUGGCUUUGUUUUAGCUUUGUUUGUUUCGUGACAGUGAAAUGCCAGGAAAACACGUAUCAAAGGUUGUUUCUUGAAUGCAGUAUGUUAGGUUACCAAAACAAUUUGGUGAGGGCUUGCAUAUCACUUUUUGUGUUAUGCUUGCUUUUACCUGCGAUGCUUGUUUUGGUGAACCCAAGUUGCUAGCAUUAGAUAUAAACAAUCUGACGUUUAGUACUAUUUUAACCGUGCUUCAACUUUGCAUUGCUUCAUGUCUCGGUUAUGUGUCUGUUGAAAUUAUCAAUGCUGGUCGAAAUUCUGCAGUCUUUGAUUUAGGUGUGUCUGAAUUUCGCUGUAUUCCUUUUAGUUUGUAUCGGAUAUCCUCCACGAUUAACGUCAGUCGUCACCAACAAGGGCGCCGAAGCUUCAUCCCCUUGUGCUUCCUUUGUCUCGUGUUUCGCUGAUGCAGCGAAACACGGCGCAGCCAGAAAAGCUUGCUUUCUGGAUAUGUGUGGAUGUUGUCUCAUGUAGUGUGGUGGUUAGAAUGUGUGCCAGGGUGUGAAGGUAUAUGCGAUGAAUGGAAUGCAGUAUGGGACAAUAAACUGGUGCGUUUUCUUUCA